UGCCCGAAAAACUGAUACGCGUUUGGUCAAGCUGCCCGAAAGAGUGAGCGGGCAGGUCCAAACUCCAAGAAGAGUCCAAUACUUAGAUUAUCUAUCUAUCACCCUCAGAGUCGAACCAGACACACUUCCACGUCACCACCACCACCGUGGAAGGUGGAGCGUGAGGCUGUUUCCGGUAACCUCUCCCGGCGGCGCUGAGUGGUGAUCAAGGAAAUGGGUCAGACGCUGAGUUGCGUGCAACAGCACGAGGACCAUGGUGUGCUCUUCCCUGCACUUGCAAGUGGAGAAUUGGAGGUUGUUGAGGCCAUGGUGGAGGAAGACCCCACUGUGUUGGAACACACCAUUGGCUGUGACAGGCUUUCUCCUCUGCAUGUCGCUGCUGCCAAUGGUCGGAUCGAGGUUCUUUCCAUGUUGUUGGAUAGGUCUUUCAAUGUUGACGUAUUGAAUCGACAUAAACAGACCCCGUUGAUGUUGGCUGUGAUGCAUGGAAAGACUGGUUGUGUUGAGAAGCUUAUUCAUGCCGGAGCGAAUAUAUUGAUGUUUGAUUCUAUACGUCGAAGAACUUGCUUGCACUACGCUGCUUAUUAUGGGCAUAUAGACUGCCUUAAGGCCAUUCUUUCUGCUGCUCAUUCCACACCUGUUGCUGAUUCUUGGGGAUUUGCAAGAUUUGUCAACAUAAGAGAUGGAAACGGUGCCACCCCUCUGCAUCUUGCAGCUCGCCAUAGACGGUCGGAAUGUCUUCAUGCCCUUUUAGACAAUGGUGCUCUUGUUUGUGCUUCAACCGGUGGAUAUGGUUACCCUGGAAGCACGCCACUUCAUAUGGCUGCACGUGGUGGUUCUUUGGACUGUGUCCGGAUGCUGCUUGCUUGGGGAGCGGAUAGACUUCAAUUAGAUUCUUCUGGGAAAAUACCGUUCUCAGUUGCCCUGAAGCACAAGCAUAAGGCAUGUGCUGCCCUGCUGGAUCCGUCGUCAGCAGCACCGCUUGUUUGGCCAUCCCCAUUAAAGUUCAUCAGUGAGCUCAAUCAGGAAGCAAAAGCCUUACUGGAAAAGGCCUUACUAGAAGCUAACAGGGAGAGGGAGAAGACCAUACUAAAGGAGACUGGCAUGCCUCCAUCCCCACUGCAUUCAGAGAGUGAAGAUGAUAACAUUGCCUCUGAGGCUAGCGAUAUGGAGUUAUGUUGCAUAUGCUUUGACCAAGCAUGCACAAUUGAGGUCAGACCCUGUGGCCAUCAAAUGUGUGCUCAUUGCACCCUAGCACUAUGCUGUCACAAAAAGCCUGAUCCUGCUACUGCCGGCCUUUCUGGACCAGUUUGUCCAUUUUGCCGUGGCACCAUUCUUCAAUUACUGGUUGCUAAGAUUAACAAAAUCAGUGAUACAGAAGUGGAAUCUGGCCCUAUGAAGCCAAGGAGAUCACGGAAAUCAAAUUUCAGUGAAGGAAGCAGCAGCUUCAAGAGCUUGUCGGCCAUGGGCUCAUUUGGAAGGAUUGCUGGCCGCAAUUCAGGGAAGAUUACAGAUGAAAAGCAAUGGGAGGUUUCUUGAAGCUUGAUAACUGUUGAUGAUUAUUUUAAUUCCAAGUCGGCAAGAAAUUAUAUGAAUGAUGGUUUUAAUUUCUGUGGAAUAGCUGCCUAUAUUGGUAUCUUAUUUGUAUUCAUUUUGUCACUAUUGUCCAAAGAUCACUAAGAUCAUGAGAGACAACAGUUUGUGAUCGGUUUGAGUUUUUUACUUCUGUAAUCUGAUUCUCAGUUGGAAUUGGAGAAUCAGAACAGUUAUGUAAUUUUUUUCCCCCAAAUAUCAAAUAUAGUAUGCAUGAGUUAAAGGUAGUU